AUGAAGUCUCUUCGAACCAAACCUAAGGAAAAUUAUAAUAAGGUGAUACUAUCUCUAAUUCUCACCUCUUGGUCUAUGGGUAAGGCCGAGCUUUCAACCGUGACAGUAUAUUGCUCGGGCAUUACUACUGAAACGGCCGAGCGAAUAACAAUAAUGUGCUUCCUCUUAUGCAGUAUUGACAUUAUCUCACUAGUUGGAAUGGCAAUGCUGCAUUUCUUCAAUGUCGCUGCAAUGAAAAGGUGGUCACACUUUCUAAAAACUUCUUGCUUGAGUACUCAAAAAGUUUCUGUCGGCACGAUUCUCGUAAUCGUUCGCGCGAAGCCACUAGCGCUCAAGUUUUCCGAUCUGCAAUCUUCCUAUCAGCUACAUGAAAAUGACACCGUGUUUCGACUUCUUAUUCCACUGGUCGUCUUUAAUGGAAUCUGCCAUUUAGCAUUUUCGAUAUCUAGUGGAUUGUUCUUGAUAUUUCGAGCACACUUUUCAUAUAUAACAUACAGAACGACAUCCGCAGCCACUUACACAGUUCCAUUCUUCACCUUGGUAUCGCCAUGUCUGCUAUGGUUUAUUAUAAGAAAGUCGAAGCGAACCCGUGCGGAGAAGUUGAAGAUGCUCGGGCGGCAAAUUGGGAAUGAGAGGGACAUGUACUUCAAGGCAUACAGCAAAAUGUGGAACCAGUGA